AUGACCAACAUGUUGGACAUUCUUCGACCUCUAGUACCCAACAGCUGUUAUCAAUCUCUUCAUCAAGAAAUGAUCACCAAUAAGAAGAACAAGUCAAAGGGUCUGCUUCCUCUUCCUUCAUCGCCAUUUCAAUCUCCAACAUCUUCUUUACCAUCACCACGGCCAUCGUAUUCAAGAACAAGUAGACCAGCAUCCUCACUUCUACCGGAUCCUGUUCACAUCAAUCAGCAAGACAAAACUUGUAAAAAUGCUCUCCUUCCCAACCCACCAUCAUCAGAUUCUCUCAGUUCUCAAGAUCAAUACCGUCGUGCAGAUUUCAAUAAAAUGAGUCAAACUAGUAAGCCUCUGCUGUCCACUCCAGCUGAUGCUGCUGUAUCUGUUGAUCUAGAUAAGGAUCGUAUUGAUGAUGAGUUAUUGAGUAGGAAGAGAGCUGCAAUGUUAAGUUAUGAAGAGUAUAAGAAGUUGAAGGAAGAAGAGUCAUCAGUUUUGUUGAAAUUGGAAGAAGAAAUCAAAAUUAUGGAAAUGCUUAUAACCAUUCAAAAGGAAUUGCUGGCUGAGGAUGAACAAAACAAGUCACUUGAUGAGAGCAAUGUUGAAGAUGCUAGUAUUAGUUGCACCAAGACAGCAAAUGCUAAUGACACAGCAAAUUUAGCAGUCCAUAAUGACUUUCAAGUUGAAAUGUUAAACAGAACACCAUGCACUGCAAACUCUAAUGAUAACAACACUUGUGACAACAGAGUGGUAUCACCAUCUUCAUCAACACCAUCAUCUGUAAAAACAAUGAAUGAACACGCAAAUAAUGAUAAAACAAAUGUUUUACCACCUGAUAAGCAACAAUUGGAUGCAAAAGCCUUGGAAGACAAAAUUAUAGUGUACUCAAGGAACGCCCUGAAAUCCCAUUAUCAUAAGGGAGCGGUUACUAGUCAAGAGUUCAAGGUCAUUAUGAGGAAAGCCAUCACCAAGAGUCGCAAGUUUUUAGAAACUCCUUAUGCAAAUAUUUAUGAAACUCCUAUAGUAAUUUCAAUAUCAGAAAGCAAGAGCAAGGACAUCACGCAAGCAAGGGUGUCAAAAUUUAUAGACGCUUACGUUGAAAAGUUAACAGCUCAAAGAAGGAAAACAAAAUUAGGAUUGUGA